UUGCGAGAUAUCCCUGGUUAUAAUAAUGGCCAUAUUUCCUUAUUUUUAGAACCACAUUCUUCAGAAUCUUCAUUUGACCUACGUCGAGAUCUUGCUAGUGAUUUCCAGCCCGGAUUUUCAGUUACCUCUUCGACGACCACCAUCACCUCCUGUGGCGACCUGCUUGACUCAGGGUUGCAUGACUCUGGCUGCCUCGGUAGCGAACUUCAUCUCUUACUCGGUUCAGUGUGCCGUGAUCAUGCUGGCAGCUCUGAUCAGCGCAGCAGUAGUCUGAUCAGUGUUGGUAGCCGUGAAAGCUCGCUUACUAUGGUUUCUUCUCCACCGACAACAUUGGGUGGUGCCAGUUUCCUUAGCGGUGGCGGAGGGGGUAGUAGCAGUGGAGGCGGCAGCCAGACGGGCAUGCAAGCCGUUCACCUGGGCCAUCCAAGCUGCUUGAGUAGCGUAGCUUCUCUGACCGGUGGAAGUAGCUCUGGUGGUAGUGGUAGUCUUGCUCCGGGUGGCCAAUUGAUAGAGGAUGGAGUAAGUGGUAUUUUGGAUACUACUAGCUUUCGUGGCCGAGGAUCUAGUUUUUCGGAUGCUGAGGCUGUGGCUGUGUUAUCUGAGUCUGCUGGCUAUUUUUCUGUGGAACAUACAUCUCCAGCUGACGUCUGUCAGCUGAACGGCACUGACUCAAGUCAUGCCAACCACCUAAAUGGCGGAACCAGAGGAAUGCGGUCGUCAAAGACGAAUAGGUCACGGCAGUUCAUGUGUAAUAGUGCCACAAUAUCCUCAGCACUUAGUCUGAGCUCCACAGCUUCUCUACCCGCCAGUUAG